AUGACCCGAAGUAGAAAUGCCAAAAGAGGCCUUUUUCUGUUUUAUGUGCCAAGACUAUUGGUCGUGCUUGCUAUGCUCUCAGCUCUCAAGGGCUCGUCUUCCUCAGAUGAACAAAUGGUGCCAGAGGCUGCAGUCCCAACACAAUUGAAGCCGGAUGCUCAGGAAAUAGAGCUGUGCGAGGGAAUCGAAGAGCUUUCCAUUGCCAAAGGCACGCCAUUAAAUGGCGAAGAAUCAUCAGAUGAGCAGCUGGUUCCAAACUUUGUGGACCCUGCAGAACCGAGCACAGACGAUCCGGAAGCACAGCUAUGCGAGAAAGUCAAGAAUUUGUCUGUUACCAGAGAAGGAGUACCGUCUGAAUCAGCAUCUAUGGACUUGGAAGACUCGUCCUCCGCUGGCAAAGACGAUGAUGGCAGUGAAGCCGUUAAUAGAGUGCUAGACUCUGUGAUAAAAGACAAGGCAGAGUAUGUCACAAAAGAUUUCUGGUACUUGGUUGCAAUGAUGGGGGACCGCAUCGAAGAGAGAGGCAGUGUUCUGAAAAAAAUCCUAAAAGAUUUCAAAAAAUACGAAGCCAAGCUGAGAAACAUACCCGGAUGCGAUAAGUUCUUUCUCUUUCAGCAGCUGAGCCUUUAUCUCUACUACCCGGAAAUACUCUUGUCCUGUGACACAAAGCACCUCAACUGCAAUCUGCUUGCUAACAGAGAAAAAGACGACUUAUUUGCAAACCUGAGCAUGUACGAGAAACACAACGACACGUUGCUGCACAGCUACAUACAGCUGCCUCCUGCAAAAGACAAAAUAACAUCGUGCAUAAAUGCAGUGCUCCAGGCCAUUUUCAACAUUCCGGAAAUACGUGCAGACUGCAAAAAGAUCGAAGGCUUCAAAACAUUUGGAUACAACCUUUCUGAUUCUUUGGAUGAAUACACGGGGUUCUCAUCUGAGACUGAUGAUGAAUUUUUUAACACAAUGGCCCUUAACAUUUCCAACUAUCGUGAGAAGAACAGAUAUUUAUGCAAAUUUACAAACAGAGAAUUGUUCGCCAUUGUUAACAAUGUGCAUGCCAUUAUAAAGGUCAACGAAGAGUAUAAGGGCAUGGAGAAUAAAAACAGGCUAAACCCCUCUGAUAAAAAAGAGGCUACAAAGUGGUACACAGAUAUCAUAUACAAAGUCCUGAUAAAAAAGUAUGCAAUGGAAGAUGGAGAGUACAACAUCGAUGAGAUAUACAAUGACAUGUACAGACUCUUUGGGGUCAUCUACAAAAUGAAUGACUCACUGAUUGAUAAAGAAGAUCUCAUUGGUCUUAACGCCUUUUUAGAUGAUAGCAUUAUCUUGCAUAGCACAUCUAGCAUCCUGGGAGAAGAUGUCAACAGAUACAACCGCUGCAGAUUCCAGGCUGACCAUGUGCUAAACUGUGAGGACAACUGUGUCGAUACGCCCUACUACAACAUCCACUUCUACAGCAUAGAGCACGACAAAUACUACUGCAUUCCCAUGCCAGUUACUAGAAAUACUCUUAUGACCGUUAACCAAAUGAUAAGGUACCUGAAAAGCAUCUACAGCCUGGGCUCCAUACAGUUCAUCUUGCCAAUGCAGUACUGCUGUUCAAGUAAGACCUGGUCAAGUGUCCCUGAAAACGAGAGAGAUAAAAGAGUGGACUACAUGGACUACAUGAACACUCUAGUAUUUUACUAUUCCAACGCUGCGUUCAAUCCUCUCUUCUCGCAGUACACCUACCACUUGGUUGAGGCGAAUGAGCUGAAAAGGCCUACAAAUGGAAAGUACCCAACCCAACUGAACAUCCCCAUGUUCUUUAGUCCGCUGGACAUUGAAUCUGUAAAGCUGGCAAAUUUUACAUUUAAAGACACAAAAACAGCCACCCCGCCAGAGAACAGCGCGAUAGAGAAUCUGAAAAAAGAGAUAAAAAAGAUGAGGCCGCUGGUUCUGGAGCACAGUGGCAGAUAUACGUGUGCAGACCACUACAACAAUUUAGUGAUAGACAGGGCUGACGAUAGCCUGAGAGAGCAGAAAAACACCGGACUAAACCUUAUCUAUCUUGAAAACAUACAACAUCCCGUUGGAGACGAGGUUUACAUCUGGCGCAGAUAUCUCUGUCCCUACAAACACUACGUGAUCAACACAAAAAACAAUGAAAAAAACAGAAACAUUGCUCACCAUUUGAAAGCAUCAAACAAUAACGGCUUAAGGGUCAUGAGCUUCGUUGUGUACGAUCCCGAAGAAGAGAGAUACUUUACCGUUAUAAAAACAAGCACUCUGCGCGACGGUAUAUCUAGAAUGCUUAAGUUCACUCCCACUGGGGCAGAGCUCUUUAGAGACCAUGAGAGGUACAUUUACAACUUUUCAGUUCUGGGAAUGGAUGAGCAGACAGCCAUGAACAAAAUGAAGCUCCAUCAGAGCAUAUGGGAGCAGCUAACCUCUGAGUAG